CUAGCCCCCACAAGAAAAAGCUCCUCAGACUUGCAACUUUCUGCACUGCAAAAUGUCUCACACAUCUAAAGCUGCUCCUGCCAGCCAUGGCGACAAAACUGUUCCAGCACCAGUUCCCAGUGCCAAGCCCACAAGAACUGGAGACCCCAUGAUGGGAUCAUUCAAAAUUGUGUUGUUUGAGCAGGAGAAUUUUCAGGGUAGACACGUGGAACUCCUGAAUGAAUGUGGAAACCUUGGGGAAAGAGGCUUUGACAGAGUGCGCAGUGUUAUUAUUGAAUCAGGACCUUGGGUUGCCUAUGAACAGUCCAACUUCCGUGGUGAGAUGUUUAUCCUUGAGAAGGGCGAGUAUCCUCGUUGGGAUACCUGGUCUAGCAGCUACAGGAGUGACUGCUUCAUGUCAGCCCGCCCCAUCCGAAUGGACAAUCAGGAACAUAAAAUCUCCUUGUAUGAAUGCACCGACUUUAAGGGCAACAAGAUGGAAAUCAUUGAGGAUGAUGUGCCCAGCCUGUGGGCCUAUGGUUUCUAUGACCGGGUGGGAAGUGUGAGAGUACCAUGUGGAACUUGGGUUGGAUAUCAAUAUCCAGGAUACAGAGGCUACCAGUAUCUGUUUGAGACCUGUGAUUACAAGCAUUGGAACGAAUGGAGUGCCUAUCAACCCCAGAUCCAGUCCAUCCGUCGUAUUAGAGACAAGCAGUGGCACCAGAAGGGAUGCUUCGUUAUUGCAGCAACCAAGUAAAAACAAAACAAGAAGUGGCUCUAAGAUGACAGCAAAGAGAGUUGUAUAUUAAAUAUUUACUUGAUGUACUUUACAUUAUGAUGCAAAUAAAAACAGUUUCUGAGGUAUA